AUGGGCAACAACCCUUCCAAAGGUCCAUCCGGCGAUGGACCCGGCCAUAUCUCUCAUGCCGCCGGCGAGCGCAAGGUGGUACGUCGCACCUCGUUGAAUGCCAUCGCGAAUCCCAAAGCGACCGCAGCCGACCCCUCUGCCUCCAGGGAGACAGCCGCCGGACACUCCGCCGCUUACCAGGGCUCCGUACAGCAACGACUACAAUCACGAACCCCAGCCGAUUCUCCAACCAAAGCCGCCAGCAGAACCCCCAAGCUCGAUGGAAGGAGACCCGAGUAUGCGCAAGGCCGGAGUGCCCCUCCGAAAGACCACUCGAACCCGAUGCAGGUGCCCACCGCGCGCCCGGCCGCGGGGCGCGAUCCUGUGGCACCUUCGGGUCCGCCGUUGAGCUCGUACUAUACCGCGUCGACACAUCUGCAACGGCCCCCGCGUAUGCCAUUGCCCAUUGGCGAUGCCACGACCACCCCUGGCUCGCCUAUCAGUGGACCCGAAGAUUCGCAUAUUCAGUCGCUUCCGGCGGAUCGGCUUCUGGAUGGGCAGAUGGACCCUGGAGCGUCCAAUUUGAGCAGUGCGACUUUGGACGGCGAGGAGAUUGUGGAUGAGCUGCAGCCGUAUGCUACUAGUGGAGUUGGGAAGGCGGUGCCUACUUAUAUUGAGUGGUCUGGACCGGGUCAGAAGAUCUAUGUCACUGGUACUUUUGUCAAUUGGGAGAAGAAGUUCAAGCUGCACAGAAGUGAAGGUGAAGGCGCGGUCAUGUCGACAACGCUGAACCUCCGACCCGGUACACACCACCUCAAGUUCAUCGUUGAUGGAGAAAUGCGAGCUUCCGAUACUCUCCCUACUGCAGUCGAUUUCACCAACCACCUGGUCAACUAUAUCGAAAUCAGCGCCGAUGAACACGACAGCAUCCCGGCAGGCAUUCAUCCCUCGCACACUCUACCAGACAGCUCCAAGGACGGCCACGCCGAUGACGCGACGGACGACCAGCCGAACAAGGAAGAGGCGGAGGAGGAAGUGCCUCCUGGCGAUUUCGGCCGGGCCAUCCCUCAAUUCCUCGCUGAUUUGGACAAGGACGAGGAUAGUGCUGCUUAUCUCCAGGCGGCGAAUGUCAUUAGUGACACACCCACUCCGCCCAGUCUGCCGCUGUUCCUGGGCAAAUCGAUUCUCAAUAGUAACACGCCUACCAAGGAUGAUAGCAGUGUUCUGAACUAUCCCAACCACACCGUUUUGAAUCACUUGGCGACGAGCAGCAUUAAGAAUGGUGUUCUGGCUACCAGUGUUACGACCAGAUACAAGCGCAAGUACGUUACAUCGAUUUUGUACAAACCGACCGGCGACAUUACCGAGUGA